AUGGGCACAACCGAAGGCCUGCAUUCCACUGUACUGGCUUGCUCUCUACAACCAGCGUCGAACGAUGCAGCAGUGGUGGAACAGUUGGAGCCAAAGCUGCAUUCUGAUACAGACCCAGAUCCAGUUUCGUCGGUCAGUGUAGUAUCGCGUAAGAGCAAAACGGUCGAGACGAACUUCGUCACUUACUGCAAUCCAUUCGGCAGCCAUAAGUUGUGCGAGCCGUUCGAGAUCAAGCGGUCGUCGUAUUCAUUGGAACCGGCCGCCUCGACUGACGACAACCCUCCCGGCUUGACCGGACUCCGUAACUUGGGCAACACGUGUUAUAUGAACGCCGCGUUGCAGGCGUUGUCCAACUGCCCGCAGCUUGUCGAGUAUCUGCGCAACUGUCGACUGCCGCCCAGCGAAAAGCCGUCGUUGGUGCUCGACUACCAGGCGUUGGUGAAUCAGAUGUGGGAUAACCGCCAGUUGCCUUACGAUGCACAGGAGUUUUUGCGCUGUUUCCUGGACGAACUGCAUGAGGCGCUGAAGCAGCCGGUGUACGAGUGGGAGUGUCAGGGCGAGUUGCGGCUCGAUCGUGGACGAAAGUCAUUCGACAGCUCAGAGACCUACUCAGAAUCCAGUUCCGUCGAAUCAUUCCAGACGUGUGACUCCGGCUGGAGUUCAGAUCAG